AUGAGUGAUCAGGCCUCAAAAGAUGCAGCGGCAAAGGCUCGCAUCAUUACUCACAUGAAUGCAGACCACCACGACUCGGUCGUCCGAUAUCUCGAGAACUACCAUCAUCUUCCAGGCUACCAAGCAUACAACGGUAGGAUCUCUGACGCUUCACUCGAACACAUCGCGUUUGAAUGUGCCGGGCUGAAGUACAGAACGGCUCUGGAUCCACCAAUGUCCUCAUUCCGGGAGGCACGAGAGCGCUUGGUGCAAAUGGACAAGGAAUGUCUCCAGGCACUCGGCCGGAGCGAUAUCACUGUCAAAGAGUACAUCUCACCCACUGGGCUGUAUCUGGCAGGGUUUGUGAUUGUGUCGACAACUCUCGUGGCAUUCAGCUUAAGAAGCAAUUUCGAGGCAGGGAGUCUUAUAUCCGCCGUAGUGCCCGACUGGUUUGCUCGGUUCUGCUGGACGAUCCAGCCAUUCAUCUUCUACGGCAUGCUGGUCAUACAUAGCGCAGAAACAUGGCACAUGGCUAGCGGGCGUCUGAGGAAGCACAACGUCAAUGUACGCAGUCGAAUCUGGUGGUUGUGGAUGGGUACCACAUUUAUCGAGGGUGUUGGCGCGUACAACAGGUCAGUAUUCUUUCCGCCGCUAUCGAAUAUUGAAUUUUUGUCUAAUCGAGUCGAUCACAGAUUUGACAAGAUGAUCAAGAAGAAGAGAGCUGAAAAAGACAAGCAGAAGCACUAAAAUGAAAUUCCACGCUCAUGCCAUGCUCAAGCCCAAACGCGGAGUCGAAGUCGAUUGUCUUUGUGAGGGGUGGCAGGAAGUUUUCGACUCCCAGCAGUUGCGCCGUGAGUUGCACCAGACUUGAACGCGACGAAGCGCGUGUCACUGUUGACAACGGGAUUCCGGAAGGCUGGAUAGCAACGUGCAGGUCAACGGGAGUAGAUUGUACUUGGUGCGAUAGAGUAGAUAAUAGAUUAACGAAGGCGCCAAGGCCCGCCAGCAUCUCGAAAUGCCUUCUCCGAAGACGAUCUCUAGAUGCCGAGAGUGACUUGGUCUAGGUACUCCGACCCUUG